UAAAAUAAUUAAUAAUGAACUGAAGUAGACUGUAGAGGGACUCUUUAAAAUCCCGCUCGAAUCAAUCGACCCAGAUCAAAACAAAACCUCGAUCUUACUCGCUACAAUUUUAAAAUCUCAAUCUCUCCUAGGGUUUAAGGUUAAGGUUUACUUGAACUAAGUUCGCUCUCUGUGCCCUAAUAAUCAUGCUUCCUCUUUCUCUACUUAAGACUGCACAAGGCCACCCCAUGUUGGUGGAGUUGAAAAAUGGGGAGACUUACAAUGGACAUUUGGUUAAUUGUGAUACUUGGAUGAACAUUCAUCUUCGUGAAGUUAUCUGUACCUCUAAGGAUGGAGAUAGAUUUUGGAGAAUGCCUGAAUGCUAUAUUCGUGGGAACACUAUUAAGUAUCUCCGAGUUCCAGAUGAGGUGAUUGAUAAAGUUCAGGAAGACACCAAGACUCGUUCAGAUCGGAAGCCACCUGGUGUUGGCCGCGGAAGAGGGAGAGGUAGAGAAGAUGGUGGAAGGCCGGUGAAAGGAAUUGGGCGUGGCCUGGAUGAUGGAAGUGCAAAGGGUGCCGGUGGACGUGGGCGAGGCGGUCCAGGUGGAAAGCCAAGUGGAAACAGAGGUGGUGGUCGAGGCAGGGGCUAAAUGCAACAUAUAGUAUCCCAUUAGUUUGGGCCUGUUUGCUAGUUUUUGAGGCAUUAUGCGCCCAACUUUUACGUGAAAUGUUAUUUUUCUCAGAUUACAUCCUUGGUUUGUUGUGCAAAUGGAGGUAAUUUUAGAAAGUUAGUAAUUAUCUGGAUUCUUCUCUUGUAUUGGGGUUGUUCUUUUGUGAAGUUACUGUAAUUUGCCUCUGGCUGACCCACUUUAAUAUUAAGUUUGUUUACAAUUUGAGCCAAGAGUUGCUCAUUUUGUCA